AUGUCGUUAAAAAUAUCUAAGAUUAUCUGCAUUCAAGACUCAGUCGAUCUGGAUACUCGGCCUGAUCGCCAGCUAGCAAGAGAUUGGCAAUCGCGAAAAAGUAAAGAGACCGCUGGCACCUCAGUACACUUACACUAUCCAACAUUUAAGGGUAGCUCUCUAGGAAUCGGAACGGUCAAUGGUGGAACAUUCAAUGCUGGAUU